AUUUUGUAUUAAUUGAAAUUACAGAUUGAGUAAAGGCGAAGUUUUGUCGUACAUCGAUGAUGCAUGUACGGUGGAGAUCAUCGACCCCCGAUUAGGUGUCACAACUCACAAAAUGGGUCUUCACGGUGGCGAUGACGUGUUCCCCCUGACCAGACCGGUGUUCAAGACUAUUGAGGCAACCCAUCGCAAAUUUUAUCAAACGUCAGUUUCUGCAGAGUCCAGAAUAGAGUAUAAACUUUGUGACUACCUACCUGACCUCGACAAAUAUUACUCAGUCAUGGUGAUGAGCAGAAGUUGCAUAGACAAGAACACAGUGCUUCAUGAAGUCAGUGGUCAUCAUUUUCCAUUGGACCAAGACCUAAUAGUACCAGGUGUAAACGACUUCUCUCUCAUAUAUAGUGGGAGGAGUAAAAAAAGCAUGCAUGUCCUACUAGGACCAAUAUCAUUUGUAAAUCACAGUUGUCUACCCAAUUGCAAAUUUAAACCAAACGAUGGCGGCAGAAUAUGUUUGGUUACAUUAAAAAACAUAAUUCCAGGAGAUGAGAUAACGGUGUCAUAUAGCACAGAGUAUUUCGGUGAUGAGAAUCACCAAUGCUUGUGUGACCUGUGCUCUGAGGCCUUCAGUGUGGUCGAAUACCUGUGCAAUAAAGUGGUAACUGAUUGUUUUGAUUAUAUAGAAAGUGCUGUGUAUGAUGUUUCACGUGACACUGAAGAACUUCUACAGGCCGCAGAUGUUUCCCUAAGCGUAUUGCAAGGAAAAGUUUAUGAUCAUAGUGCUCAUCAUAGGGAUGAUGAUGAUGAUGAUAGUAGUAGUCAUUAUGAAAAAGAAGAUGUGGCAGGAACUAGUAGGGUGGUGUUCCCAGCUGAUCAUGACGAAGAAAAC